AGCAUUAUGAAAAGAUCGCUGUUUCCGCCCUUCCGGCGCAGAGUACACACUAGUGCGGCGGAUGAAAUAAUCGUGCUGUCGUAGUAGGAAAUAGGAGGGGCCCGAGUUUCCCAAUAUUGAAGCGCUGAAAAGUUCAAGCAGAGCACAGGCAUGUCGGGACUGCCAAUCUUUUUCGCCGCUGUCCGCUUCAUUCGAGUGGAUGUAGCUUCUGAAGCAGCAAAGCAGUGGAUGAAGAGCUUCCUUGAAAACCUCAAGAAAGCCGUCGAUAGCAUACCAAUUGAACAGAUGGAGCAAUUUACAUCGAACACCCAGAUCGAGGUCCAAGAAGGUCAGCUGUUUAUCGUCAUUGGCAAGCGUGACCGUGUAGUGAUGUAUAAACCAAAGCCGCAGGAACAUGGUUUGUUGGAUCCAAGUGCAGUCACCUUCGACCCCGUAGGUGACUCAGCUUCCUGCAACAUCACCCCUUCAUCGCGUCGACUCCAAAGACCUGCUUGUUUACCGGAUGCAGCUGAAGUUCUCUCUUUUGGUGUCUCAAGCUCGUCACCAAUUCUUUCUAUUCCUGAGCUCGCGUCCGUGAAGCUCGACGUCCUGGCGGAAUUAAUCGUGAAGAUCGGAAGCAUUUCCGGUACCGUUAUCUUCUCCACCCUGAUGAGAACGUCUUGUAUCACGGAGGCUGAAUCCGAAGUAGAGCAAGGAGCUCUUGAUACGGCAGACAAGACCAUCGUAAAUACGAGCGCGGCAUCAAACGCCCAGGCAGCAGGCAGUCCCUUAUCUACCUCUAACGGCUGUUGCUUGGCCCACGAGUACGCGACCUACAAUGACUCGGAAAACUCGAUGGCGGUCCGUGGCGUUCUCAAUAUUGCUAUGGAGGAAGAGCUCCUGCGCGAUGGGGCUGUUUUAAUUUUCGGUGAAGCUAAGGUCGAGCGCAAAGGAAGAGAUCUUACGAUUGUCACGCAUAGCAAGAUGGUCAUUCACAGUAUGGAUGCCGCUGACCUCUUGGCCAAAGAGGGAAUCAAUGCCGAGAUCAUCAACUUCCGUGGCAUCUACGUCCGAGUCGGUCAAGAAUUCGAACCGGUAGCACAAGCAUCCAGCCUAGUGAACCAUCACUGUCUCCUUGUCGUGGAGGGCGGUUUCCCUGCCUUCGGUGUCGGUAGCGCAAUCUGCGCACAAAUCGUGGAGAGAGAAGCCUCUGAAAACCUCGAUGCUCCAGUUGAGCGGGUAACUGGCGUUGAUGUGCCUACACCUUUUCUUGCAUUUCCCGGCCUGCAACAACGAAAAGAAAUGGUCAUUCACUUGACAUUUAUAGCCAGGCCCACAUUCGUCAAAGCCCUCGUUGCACUCAUUUGUACCAUCAGCGCUAACAGAGACAGCAAGGGCGACGAAAAUUGCGAGAACUUGCAAAAAGACGCAUGGUAG